GAGGGCAGGCGGGCGGGCAGCGAGGAGGGCGCAGCGCGGCGGCACCACCGACAGCGAGAAGCGGCACCGGCGGCUCCCGGGAAGCGGCAGCAGCGCCCGCCCGUCCCCUCCCUCCCUGCCUCCCUCCCCGCCGCGGAGGCAGCGGCCGGGCGCACGGCGAGGACCGAGGCGGAGGGCGCAGCCUCGCACCAGUUUCCCUCCGGUUUUUUUUUUCUUUUUUUCCCCCUGUGCCUCGGCGGGUCUGCGUGGGUCUCUCUCCGGAUUUGAAUCCUCCUCCUUCUUCCUCGGGGAAGCUCCCCCCUUCCCUUCCCCUCCCCUCCCCCGCCCGCGCCCCGUGCCGCGGCCGCGCUGCUCGGCGGAGCCGCGGGAUUGGAAUAUGGUUGGGGAAAUGGAAACCAAGGAGAAGCCCAAGCCGAGCCCCGAUUACCUGAUGCAGCUGAUGAACGACAAGAAGCUGAUGAGCAGCCUCCCCAACUUCUGCGGGAUCUUCAACCACCUCGAGAGGCUCCUGGACGAAGAAAUUAGCAGAGUACGGAAAGACAUGUAUAACGACACAUUAAAUGGUAGUACGGAGAAGAGAAGUGCAGAAUUACCAGAUGCUGUGGGACCUAUUGUACAGUUACAAGAGAAACUAUAUGUGCCUGUAAAAGAAUAUCCAGAUUUUAACUUUGUUGGAAGAAUCCUUGGGCCCAGAGGACUAACAGCUAAACAGCUUGAGGCAGAAACAGGAUGCAAGAUAAUGGUGCGAGGGAAGGGCUCGAUGAGGGACAAAAAGAAGGAAGAGCAGAACCGAGGCAAGCCCAACUGGGAACACCUGAAUGAAGAUUUACAUGUACUCAUCACUGUGGAGGAUGCUCAGAACAGAGCAGAAAUAAAACUGAAGAGGGCUGUUGAAGAAGUAAAAAAGUUACUGAUCCCUGCAGCAGAAGGAGAAGACAGCCUUAAAAAGAUGCAGCUGAUGGAGCUUGCAAUUCUGAAUGGCACCUACAGAGAUGCCAACAUCAAAUCACCAGCCCUUGCCUUUUCUCUUGCAGCAACAGCCCAGGCUCCAAGGAUUAUUACUGGGCCUGCGCCUGUUCUCCCACCAGCUGCCCUGCGUACUCCUACGCCAGCUGGCCCUACCAUAAUGCCUUUGAUCAGACAAAUACAAACCGCUGUCAUGCCAAACGGAACUCCUCAUCCCACCGCUGCAAUAGUUCCACCUGGACCUGAAGCUGGUUUAAUUUACACACCAUAUGAAUACCCCUACACGCUGGCACCAGCUACGUCAAUCCUUGAGUAUCCUAUUGAACCUAGUGGUGUAUUAGGUAUGGCUUUCCCAACGAAAGGCUAAGAAUUCAAGAACGGUCUUAACUGAUCCUUCAUCAGAUCUGAAUUUUAACAAAUGCUUAGUUUCAGCAGCCUUGAAAAAAGCUUGGCCUAGCAGUCAGUGACUUACUUGCACUUUUUUGCACAUAGAUUUAAAAUAAAAUAGUGCUAUUAAUUUGGAUUAGCUCCUAUUAUUACAGAGUAGCUGUAAUUGAUGAGUGUAUAGUAGUAUACUGACUGCUAAGUGUUCUAUAUAGUGUUUGCUUUACUAAUCACCUAAUUCAUUGCAGUUCAUACUUACUGACUUAAAGUUAAAAAUCACAUUCUGUAGGCUUGAAGAAUUGCUUUAAAACUUUUUUUUUUUUUGUGGUAGAACUGGAAGUGAUCUUAAGGUUAGCAAAUAAUUGUCAGUAUUAAAAGAUGGCAUUAUUUAAAAUAGUCCUGCUGCAAGAAAGGCACUUCAGUGAAUAUGUGACUAGUAAAGCUUAAAUGUGCUUGGGUCUAAUAGAUUUCAUGAAAUACUGUAAUUUUGGGAUUGUAAAUGAAUGGAUUAAACAGGUUAAGGCCAGGAUGUUUAAAAUAAAUGCAAUAUUAAUCUGCACAGAUAAACUUCUUUUUAAGAUUAAGAUUUGAAACUACUGUGCCUUAACUUGUUGCUUUUCUUAAAAUGAACUUUUGUAGUUAAUGAUCAUUUAAAUCCUUUUUGAUAAACCUGCUGUUAAUGUUUUCUCUGAAUGUUUUCUAACUUUGUCUUGGUAAUUGCAAUUUAACUAGGUGCGGUGGCUACUAAAGUUCGAAGGCACGAUAUGCGUGUCCAUCCUUACCAAAGGAUUGUGACCGCAGACCGAGGUUAGUUUAGUUCUGCAGUUCUUGUUUGUAAGAAGUGCUUUGAGUGUACAUGAGAUUUGCAACACCACAGCUGGUUAACCAAAUACCCUAUUUUGACCCAUUCGUUAUUUUUCUCAAAAAUCUGAAUAGUUAAUGUUAUAAAGCUCUGGGAAUGCUUGCUGGUUUAAAAGCAUUUUGUAAACUUGGAUCUCCCAGCUCAAUUAAAUAUUUAAACUUUGUGAUAUGUUUAAUAUAAUGCUAUAACUGUUUCCCUUUAAAAACUUUUUAAAGAUCAAUCUGCAUCAGAGAACACUGAAUUCAGUGGUGCAAUAAUUAAUUUGGUCAUGUUUCCCUUCUCUGCCCCCCAAUUUGUUCUUUUAAUUGGUGUGGAAAUAUCAGAUUGGUGUUGCAAAAAAAAAAAUGAAUGGAUGGUUGCUUAAUGAGAAAGAAGUAAAGGAAUAAAUGCCUCCUGUCUGUGUCUGGAGAAAUCUGAAGAUUUAGAUUCCUUUUUUUCCAAUAAACUUUUGAGCCACUGUACUGUAUAUUGUCAGGAGGAUGCAUGUUCUCAGAUACCUGACUGAAUUCAGAAAGGUAAGGGCUGUGAAGAUAAUACUUCAAAAGUUGUUUGAGUUUGAAUUACUGAGGGUGGGGGUGAGGGAGGGUGUUUUAGUUUUUUUGCCAAAAUCUAUUUCUUGGUAUUUGCCUUUUGCUGCUAAAAUAUGUAACCUGAAGGAGAAGCAACUUUUGAAGUCCUGUUGGUGAGAUGACAUCCAAUAUUUGGGCAUCUCUCUUUAACCCUUGAAUGGAAAGUAAAUCUUCAUUUUUCUCCUGUUCCUCAAGUGUAAUGCCUUUGGACCCCUGAAUGAAGUAUUUAAGCUUAUUGAGAAAAGCGAUAUUUUCGGUUUAUUGACAUUGGCUAGGAAGCAGUGUGUGGGCUGCAUUCUUAUCCCAUCCCUGCUGCUGACUCACUGUGGGUUUCGGCAAGUAAUUUAAUCUCUCUAUGUAUGUUUUCCCAUCUGUAAAAUAAGGAUAAUAAUACUUCCCUACCUCACAGGGGUGUUGUGGGGGUUCUUGUUUUGUACAGGGCUUUGAGGAUGCAAAGCAUUAUGUGCCAAGUAUUAUUAUUCUGGUCUCAUCAAAAUCAAUGUUGUGCAGGCUUCCAUGAUACUGUAGUAUUCAAAAGCCAAAUCCGGGUGACAGAUCUGACAUCUCCUAACAUUGACUACACUUCACUUCUCACAACCUUCCAUAAAUUAACUACAAGAAACAAUACAGAUUUCUUUCAAUACAGUAAAAAGGGCCCUCUUGGAUAUUUGCUAUAUUUAUGUAACACUUCUGUCUUUCAUAUGAUCUUACGCUUUACAGGAAGUGUAAAGCUGACAAGAUGACACUACUUAAGUUUUCUAGAAGGUUGCUUUUAUAUCACUGCACGCUAUUUAUACAGCCCUUUGGCUUGUUCUCAUUUCUUGAGAACUCUUCAGUGGAUAACAGGGUAUAAUCAGAAUAAGGUCGUAGCCCAUGAUCUGCAAUGGUAGUUUGAGGUUACUGGUGAGACUACCUGUCUGUUUAAUUAGAUAUUUUCCAACUACUAAAUAUAUUGAUACAGCGUACAGAGGGGUGGGAAGGGUACCAAUUUGUAGUUUAAGUUCAUAAUUGUAGUUAUUCAUCAUUAAUCAUCAUUAAAAACUACUUAAUGUAAUUUUGAAUAUUUUGUGAAGGGCCUAGCUGUUUCAUCUGAGUCACUUAUAAGUAACUGGAAUGAAUUAUUGGUAUCAUUUCACCUUUUAAAAUACAGCCAUUUUCUGAUAAUACAGGAAUAUCAGAAGGCCUCUGUCUUAAGCAGAUAAAUAGAUACUCAUGGCUUAUCUCCUGUGGAAUAAGUCAUGCAUACCUCUCUUUUAGCAUGAAAAUCAUGAUGAUGUUACAGGAGAGCAUUAUUUUAAAGUCUUAUCUAAAUAAUCCCAGGGUGUAUUAGCAAACUUAAAGUUAAAUUUUACAAUUGUACUUCAUUUUAUUUUGAAUUUGAAAUCUUGGAUUACCACUGCACAGAUUUAACAGUUUCACAGAAGGUUUUGAAGAGAACUUUGUUCAAUAGAGUAGUUUCUUUUAAUAUGCUAAAAUUAUGUUGUAGGAUUAAAAUACAAUAUAUGCAAUACGCACCUAUAUUUGGUUGUUCUGUCACCAAUACACUUCUAUACAGCCAUGAAAAACAAUGUCAGCAAACCGAAAUCCUUUUUUAAAAAUGUGGAAACUUUUGUUACUGUAGUUAAAUGUCACUAAAUCUAUAUUCACAUUCAUUGGGUCUAAAGUUUUUUGUUUUUUUUUUAAAUUCUAAAUCAACUUUCAGAUGACUUUGUAGUACUACUGCAUUCACUUUUUAAGUAGGUUUUUGUUCUUUGCAUAAUUGUUUUUUGGGUUUUUUUUUUUUGAGAUAAGCACUGCAUUUAAAGCAAGAAUCCCCAAAUGUGUAAAUGUUUUACAACUAAGCAUUUAGAAUUGGUGAAGGGUUGAAAAAUAUAGCUCAUUUUAACUCUGAAUAAAACCCCAGUUUAUAAAUAAUACAAAAUUGAAUUUGAUGCAUAUAACAGAGAGACUGACUGAUUUAAUUGUAAUAAACUGUAAAUGGUGUUGCACAGUUGACAAACCUGUGUGUACUGUAGAAGGCCAGAGACUUGGCAGAGGAUGUAUCACAGGUGUACUGGUAUUUUUAAAAGGUAGCUUGCUUUGAUUAUAAAAUCCACAAGAAAUAUUAAUGCUGAGGAUUUUCUUGAAUGUUUUAUCCGAACCGUCACAUAAUUUAUAUAUAAAUUUUAAUACCAUUUAAUCAAAAUUGUAAUCAGUAUCAAAAUGCUUUAAGAAUCUGUUUCUAGUAUACCUGUAAAGUGGUGAGAUUGUGCCACAUGAAAUAUUUAUUUUUUUGCUUAUUUUUGAGACAGCAGUUUUAAUUUAAACAAAUCCCAGCUAACAUGAUUCUUAGGAAAUUCAGGGAGCAUGGGGUCUCAUUUAUGUUACAGUAGUAAUUUUUUGUAGUCUUAUGAACUGUAUCUGAAAUGAUAGGCCAUUUUUAUGCGAAAGUAAAACAACCCACAAGAAAGAUUGCUAAAUCGAUGCUAUCUGUGAGUAUUACACCUACUGGACUUCAUUUUAUGUAAUGGCACAAAUCUGACUUUGCACUGAAUACCUUUCUCACUUUCAUCUCCUCUGCCUUAGUCAAAAUGGCAACAGUACAAAAACUUUAUCAACCUCAGAAUUUAUUAGCUAUAAUUAAGCUGUUGAAUGAGUCUUAAAAAGAAAAAUCAUACUACUGUUAAGUGGACCAAGUUUGGUGAAGGAGAAUGUGAGAGAAUGAUAAAAGAAGGAACAGCUCAAGAACAUUGCGAAUGAUAACUUUCCACUUGAGAACUUUUUUAUGUUUUACUGUAAUUUGUUUGUGGUUUUAUUUUUUUGUUUUGGUUUUGGGUUAUUAUUUCUGUUUUGUUUUUGUUUUGUUUUUUGGUUGUUUUUUUUUUUGCAAAAGAAAAUAGUAUUUACAGGUGGCUUCUUUUAAAAUAUAAAAAUAUAAAGCAGGAAUGUAUAUGAAAUGUCAGAUUUUAUUGUAUUUGCAGAGUAUUAGCUUUGAAAAUGAAUAAAGAGAGCUGUUUGUAGUUUUAAAAUGCCUUAUUAGUAUCAAUUAGAUAUUUUCUCUAUUUUUUGAUGUACUUAGAGCUUUUUAAGUAUAGACUUUAAAAUGGCAGGACUUUUACACUGUUUACAUGCAAGUGCAUUUUAUAAGUGUCCUAUAUGUGUAAAAUAGUAUUUUGAGCAGGAAAAUGCUGGCUAAAGUAGCAGGCUGAGCGUUUUCCUGGUUCCCACGAUGAUGCCUACGUUGCUAGACUACAGUUUAGUAUUGCUUUGUAUCAUGAGGCCAAGAAAUUCCAUGUUGUUUGUAAAUAGAAUAAAUGAAAGGCAAUAAAAAAUUUAUUGAACAAAAACCCUUUGUUUGGCCCAUAGUUUGUUGAACCAAAUUGUUUCUCUUAAGUCCAGAAUUCCUUAGAUGACUCCAUUCUUUUAACAAACAGUUAUUAAUAAUCACAUUCAUCAUUAAUAGUUGCUUUAAUGCUUGCACCUGGGGAGGUACUAAUGCUUAAUAGCAGUCAGAUACUGAUGCUGUGCACUGACUGUUGUUCCAGAAAUCUUCUACCCAGUUCCAAAACUGUUCAUCGUUUUUUGUUUUCCAGUUUCCUUCAUCGACUGCUACUAACCAUUAGUCGUUAGUUGUAUUUUAUCUCUAUUUCUCCUGUUAACCGGUUUUGUGGGAGUGGGCUUCUCCUUCACGUGUCCAAAUCAUGAUGGAGGGCUGUCAUGAUUUUAUUGCAUUCUGUAGAUGGUGUCAAUCAGUAUGUCAGAAUUAAACAUGCUUGUU